AGACGCUAUCACCCUAGGAUCUAACCACAUGUAUGGUGGAUAUCAACCCUCUUUUUCAUGAACUACACUAUAAAUAGCAUGCCAGACCUGAUAUUCAAUCAUCCCGAGUUGAUUUAGCUUCAGCAAAUUCAUUUUCCAAGUAGCCCUUUAUCCUGUUUUUCCUAUAGAAGAUGUCUGGAUCAGGUUGCAGCUGUGGAUCUGACUGCAAGUGCGGCAGUGGCUGCAAAUGUGGCAUGUACCCUGACUUAGGUAUCUCAGAAAGCACCACAACUGAGACAAUCAUUGCAGGUUUAGCACCAGUUCACAUGUUCUAUGAGAGGUCUGAGAUGAACUUUGGUGCUGAGAAUGGCUGCAAGUGUGGAUCAAGCUGCACCUGUGAUCCAUGCUCUUGCAAAUGAGAAAACUUGGGCAUGGCUCCAACAAAGCAGUUAUUGUGUGCUAUAAUAAAACAGGUGGUCAGUCCAUGUAUGUAUGAUGGUGUUUGCUGUAAAUUAAUAAAACAGCAAAGGGUUCCUCAAAAUCCUCUGUAGGAUUUCAUUUGCUGCUGUAGCUUGAUGGCUACUGAUCUUUGUCUUGUGUGUGUGUCACUGCUUUGUUGGCUUCAACUUUCAAGAUGAUUGAAUGAAAAAUGCUUGAUUACUUCGUGCUUUAA